GGUUACAAAAGAGGAGUGCUGGUAUAGAUAAACCUGCUACCUGUUGUAUUACAGAGAAAUUUCAAAUUAUUCUCACAAAUCCUGGCCAUUAAUCAAAUAAUUUACAAGUAUCCUAGGCCAGACAUACAUCCAAGCUUUUCUUGUCUUAUCAUCACUUAAAAGGGUAUAUUUGGAUGAAUUUUUUUAAUGUAAACUGCAUGACAUAAAUUAUGUCAACAAUCAUAUUUCAAAUCAAAAUUUUCUAUUUUCCAAUAAUUAUUGGCUUUUUUAGGGAUACCGUAACAAAGAAGAAGAGGAUUGUGGUCGCCAAAAUCAGCUCAACAGACCUCACAGUUGCUAUUUGGUAUAUUGACAAACCAGACAGCAAGGCAAAGAAAGUGAAAGCCCUAUACCAUGGCAUCCAAGGAGACCAGGUCUGCUUCCAUCUCUGAAAGUGACUCUGAUGAUGAAUUCUUUGAUGCAUUAGCGAAUGAUGAAUCAACAGGCGAUAGCAAAGAAAACAAGACUCCAUUAAGUAAAGAUGGUGAUGAUAAUCCAACAAUUCAGUCCGUGGAGAAUUGCACGUCAGGCUCAGCAGAGACCGCGAAGGACUUGACUGUGGAUGGACGACCUGAGCAAGAGAAAAAUAUAGAUGUGAGCUCAGUAUCACAGACAGAGCCCAGCUUGGAGGAAAUGUGUGAAAGUAUACCUGAUCGAUUAACAGACACUGUCAGGGUUUCCGACCCUCAAGGGGGCGGCGAUGCCUGCUCGAGUCCUGUAGACAAUUCAGAUAAAGAGAGUGAACAUACUAAUUUUCAAGAUGCUUCCAGCAGUCAGCCAUUUUCUUCAGGUGAUCAAGGAAAUGAGAUCAAUCAAGAUGGAGGAGUUUUUGAUGGCCUGAAGGCAGAGGAGGAUGAGGAUGAUGGGCUGCAUGAAGAAGGAGAGAACAAAGAGGAGGAGAAGGAGGAGGAUAAAGUGGUAGAUGAGAUGGAGUUGAGGAAAGAAAGAGAAGAUGCAAUGACAGAUGAAGAGAGAGAGGAACUGAAGGACGAAGCUCAGUCGCACAAGGCAAAAGGAAAUAAUCUAUUCAAACAAGACGAGUUUCUGGAUGCAAUAUCUUCAUACACACAAGCAUUGGAAGCCUGCCCUCUGUGUUACAAGAAGGAGAGGUCAAUAAUGUAUGCAAACAGAGCAGCAUGCAGAGUGCGCAGAGAGCAGAACGAGAUGGCUGUAGAAGAUUGCAAUAAAGCUCUGGAACUCCAUCCACACUAUAUGAAGGUGUGGCUGAGGAGAGCAAACACAUAUGAGCUGAUGGAGAAGCUUGAUGAAGCUCUGGCAGACUUCAAGCAGGUUCUAGAGUUGGAUCCAAGCUGCUAUGAAGCAAGAGCAGCCUGUAUGAGACUUCCUGAUCAGAUCAAAGUUAGGAAUGAGAAGCUAAAAGAGGAGAUGUUCGGCAAGUUGAAGGACCUUGGAAACCUGGUGUUACGUCCUUUUGGCUUGUCAACUGAUAACUUUCAGAUGCAGCAAGACCCAAACAGCGGAUCAUACUCGAUGAACUUUCAACAGAACCCAACAUCAGGGGGGAAUGGGAACCGCUAGCAGAGCGAUUAGAGUAUGAGGCAAAGAGAAGCACAAUAGACAAAACAAAUCUGCUGAAGAAAUUGGAUCAUCAUAAGCACUUCCAUUGCACUAUAAAUUGUACUCCCAAUCGAAUGCAAAAGCUCAUGUCGAUAGGAUUGGUUAUUAUGUGCGAGUUAUUCCCUUUGCAAAGUUCCUGAUUGUCAUGUCUACAAACAUGGGAUGCAGUUUAGAGACAACAACUUUCGAAUUCCUGAUUGCAUUACAGGGUGGUUUCAAGAAUAAACAUUACAUUUUUACAAGUGUACAUCUUCGGUUGGAUUUAUGGCGUUACUUUUGAUGAGAUACAGUGAUGAGAUAUUAAAUGCACUUGAGGUACAUGAAUAUGAUAACAUUUCACAAUAAUAUGAUUAUCAUCUCAUUUAUCUUGAGUACUGAAAUAUAUGCUCAGCAUGAGUUGAGAAUUGUCAUAUAUUGCCACUUAGAUAUUUCUUUCAUAUAAUGAAUUGUUUUAUUUGUAUUUGUUUACAUGUUUUUUGUGCCAUGACAAUGAUGAAUUUACAAGAAAUUGUGACCUAAUUUCAUUUCUGCUUAAAUCAAGCUCCUCUUUCCUACACUUUGCUACCUAAUUGCAGAAUCCUCUUUUAUUCCUUUUUUCUAUUUUGAUAGGGACUAUUGUAUCUCCUUAAAGUUUUUACACCCCCUUCCCCAUCACCCUGUCAAAAACAGCAACAACAAGAACAAAACAAACCAAAAAUGAAAGAAAUAAAGAAAGAAUGAAAGAAACAAGGGGAAAACAGAGAAAGACUGCACAAGAGCAAUGAAAAGUAUUGUGAUGAUUGGUUCUUUCAUUUUUUCGACACCUUUUACAGUUGUUUUCAUUUUUCCUGUGUGCUACAUCAAAAUGAAAUAUUAAAGAACAAUGUAGAUAUCAGCUAAGUUGAAUAAGGUGAAAUAUUUCAGCACCUUUAGAUCCAGAAACACAAAUCAAUUAUUAGUAUGUGUGUUAGUGUAAGGGUGUUGUGAUGUAGAGGAUAAUUCAUUGUAAACCACAAGGUACUGGGUUCGAAUCCCUGCCAUAGCACCAACAUCUUUUGGUCAGACAUUAAUGUACAUAUGCCACACUUGACCCAAGUGAGGUAAAUGGGUAUCUGGCAAGAAUUAUUUCCUUGAAAUGCUAGAGCACCAUAAUGGCAGCCAUACUAAAGCUGGGGUAAUAGUUGUGGAGAACCAGGGUGUCAAGUUUGAUAGAAAUGAGCGCUAUGUAAGAACCCACUAUUAUUGUUAUCAUUAUUGCUUUAUUACUCAACUUUUUUUAGCUCACAUAUUGUAAUGAAAGAGAACAUGACAUUUUUUGAAUUUGGAUUGUGAGUUACAUCACACUGAAAUUUUUUUUGGAGAUUGAAAUGUUAAUUGACAGAAAAAAUCUUUUAAUGAACUAAAUCAUAAAAUGCCCAAUUAAUCAUGUAUGAUCAGAUACAGCAGCAAAUGAGAUCAAUUCUGUAUUUUCUCUCAUUUAUGAGAUUUUAGAUGGGAACAUAAGUCUGCAAAACAACAGUGUUUGUAUUUACUUUCAUAUUCUCCAGGUCUAUGAUCUUAGAGGGUUUUUAUAUUAUUUUAAAUGACAAAAAUCAUUUAGGCUCGAGUCUUCAUUCUUUGUGCUGCAUCUUGUCUAAGAGGUAAUACAUGUAUCUUGUAUGUUUUAUAUGGCACAGAAAAGUAUGUGUUUACAUAUACUUUGGAAAAUCCUGCAGAUUAAUUGAACAUAUAAUGUUGCUGCAUCAUAAAACCGAAGUACAUCCAUACAUUACAAUAUAUUUGUAUUUAUGGCACUGUUAUUAUCUAUGUGGAUAUUAUUAUUUAUUACCACGUGUAUUUUAUGUAUUUUAUGUAAGUCCGAUGGACUCUAAACGUUUGGAAUGAUGUUGUAUAAUUCCUUUCUCUCUGAGUAUGUUUUCAUAUUUGUUAUUUUAAGCAUCAAAUGUUCUAGAGACAAUGGAAAUUACAGAUCAGAUAAAUGUGUGUUCUGUGAAGAGGUUCAUUUUUAUUAGUUGAGUUGAUAAGAACCACUGUUUUUAAUUUCAAUAUUAAUUCUACUCAUGUUAUUGACCUUCCUGAUAACAGAGAGAAGCCUUCAUUGGGAGAAUGGCAAUCCGAAAAUGUGAAAUAUUAAAAUGCCUGUUGAAGAUCGUUUGUAUUGUUUUCACUGCCAGUCAGUUAAUGAAGCAUGUUAUGUAAGACAAAAGUCUGUCUCAAGUGGGGUCCUUGACCCAAGGACUUCGUACUUUGCGCCACAUGCUUGUAAUUGCAAUGUUACUCUCAUUAGCGAAUACUAAUCAAAAAUUUCAAAUGCUGGCAGCUACGUUAAUGUUGUUCUUAUAGACCACGUGUGUGUUGUCCAUUAAUUGUUAAGAAAGUACUGUAUUAUCAAUUUCAUCAUGAAUUCCAAAUGAUAAAGACUAUCUACUUCUCGGAAAGGCAUGAAAUCAUGGUGAUAUUUCAAUUUUUCUGAAUAAUUGUUUCAUAGUUCCAUCAAUAAUCAGUGUAUGGGCUGUAAGGUGGUUCUUUUUAUGUCCUUUAUACUUCUGUUAUUUGUGACCAUUUUUAUUUCUUUCUCUUUUUUAAUACUUAUUACAUGAAUAAUAUAUCAUACUUCAUAUUUCAUAAGUAUGCAAAGAACAUAUGAGAUAAACAA